CUAUUCUUAUUAUUAUACAUUUUAAUUUCUCCCAAAUUUCAUUUAUUUGUGGUCUAUGUUCUCCAAAUUAUUUACUGGAAAAUAUUUUUUUAUAUUUUUAUUUUUCAAAUGAAAAGGUAUUAUAGAUGAAACUGAUGACAUAAAAAAUUCAAAGGAGGGAAGCAAGCAAUUUUGCCGAGGGGAGUGAUUUGAGGGGAUAAGUAUUCCAGACUCCAGAGAGGCAGAGAGAAUGACAUAAAGUCAUAAACUGUAUCGAAAUUACAAGUCACCAACCCCCAGAGUCCGCCGACCUCCGUUCAGUUCUCUCACCGGCGCUAAAUCGACCCAAACCCCGACCGGAAGAUACCAAUUAACUGAAUUGAUAUCUGCCGACUGCCGGUGGAGAUGUGUUACGGCGGCGAACGAUUACCGUCAAGGGAGGAUUUCAGUUUCACAACUCCGACCGUACCGGAACCUCCUCCGGUGAACGACACCGUUGUGCUGAUCGAUGGCAUUUUCAAUCGGCUAGCUGAGACUGAAGCUCGGCUGGAGCGAGCUAGGGCAAGAGAAGCUGAGCUGAUCCGCCGGCUUGAAGAGAUGAGGCGGUUAGUUUCCGUCAUGGAAAUCCUCGAGACUUACCUCAAACGCCGUUACGGGGAGCACCAAGAUCAGCUUUAUCGCCUUUAUUCCCAAGUUGCAGCUGUAUAAUCCAUUCCCUGGAAAAUUAUGAUCAUAAUGGUAAAGGGCAUGCUAUGAAUAAUCAACACUGGUGGGGAGUUGGAAUGUCUAGGUUUAAUAUGCUAAUGUGCACUGGGGAAAGCAAUUACUGUGUGUUAUUGUCGAUGUACAGUUAAAUUUACGGAUUUCAUCUUUUCUUAUGCGAGAUUUUGUGAUGAUUGAUUGCUCUUUGAUUCAAAUGAACAUAGAUGUUGGUGUUUUCAUUUUUUUUUCUUUCCUUACAUCUUUAUGUUGAAAUGAGAUUGGUGCCUUCACUACCUUGUAUCCUUUUUGGUAUUUGCUAGCGUUUGGCCGUUCCAUUUUUAUGUGUAUACGAUUGGUCUUGCUUCAUCUUUAUGAACUCUAUACGUUUGUAUAAUUCCAGCUAACUAACUCGGGGAACCUUGUCUCGAAUUUAUGCUUUGGCCCCAUGUGUAGGCUCCAUUUUUGUAUUGGGUGAUUGAACAUAUAAGUAUCAAGUAUGUGGAUAGAUAGGGUCAGCUGAUUUUUGGUUGUUGAAUUGAUAUACUGUCACUGUUCCUCAUUUUGUUGUUUAACAUGAGCAGCUUGUUGGAAAUAUAAUAAAAAUUCCCAUGCCAGCUUGUAAUAAAGCCUUUAAGCUGGUUUCUUGGAUUCAGGGGCAUGGUGCUUCAGUAGGAGUCCUGAUUAAAAAAAAAUUACAAGGACUUGUAAUCUUCAAAGUGUUGUUUUCAUGAAUGUUAUAAUGAUUGUUAAAGCUUGAAGCCAUUGAGAUGCUAUUGUUUGGAAAUUGGAAACAGUACCAGGCAAAUUCUUUCAUGCAAGAAGCGCUGUUAUCCUUGCAGUCACUCAUGGUCGCGGCUGUUGAUAUUGUAUUAGAGAGUAGUCGAAUAAGUGACUUCCCAUUGAUUUAAACUGAAACUUAGGUGUGCGGUUACUGUUGGUGAGGUUAUGCAUGUGUAGGGGGUAGCUCCUUUGACUGAGUACACGUUGCACCUGACAUCACAAGCCCAUGUUUCUACAGUUGGGUUGUACAAUUUUCUGGAUUUCAUCUUGCAGACAUACCAUAGCCGACACGGCAAUUGUCAUGGCCAUUCACAUCCGUAGCAGUGUCUCGUGGUGAAAAUAACUCCUAACGCUAGUAGCAUUGCAGCCAAAUAUGUACUUUUCAGAAUGUUUGUUUGGACAGUCCUGUUAUUUGUUCACGGGAAUAUCUUAGAGCAUGGAUUUAAUAUUUGCAGGCAGUGCGUUGAGAUUAUUGUUAUAACACGUAGCUCAUGAGCAUUUCAUGGCUUUUGCAUCUUGUAAUAUAUUUUGCUUGGUUUCAUGUGGUAGCUGUGAAAUAUUGCAGUUUUGUUUAGGGGUUUCUGGCUAAACUAUCAGGUAAGCUCAUAGGUGUUUUGAUAAAUCACUUUUAUAUCGAUUCUUUAACUGCAGUGACCAAAUACCUUCAUUAAUGCAUUGUCUUCUUUUUUUUUUUUAGAUUGUUGUUCCUUUGGGGAUUUUGGUCUGGCUUUAACAUAUUUAAGAGUCCAGAUUGAAGUUUGGAUUUUCUCCGUUUACCACUGGUUAGACGGGCUAGACGACCUAGAAGUCGUCAAUAGUUUUUGUGUCUGUAGCUCUGCUUGAGGUAUUUCCAGUUAUCACUUGCAGAGAGAGAAGCAGAUGUUAAAGAUUUUUUAUUGGUUCAGCAGACUCAUCAAAUGUCUAAUCUAAAAAUCUCUUUGUUGGAAGAAGUUGGCUUAAUGCUUGCGAAAUAUGGAUGGGCUAAUGGAAUAGGUGUAUAGUGUAGUUAUACAUGGUGUUGUUUGAAGACGCGUGAAUGUGCAUAGACUCAUUGCUUCAAUGGGAUACCUAUUAGACAGCUGCUUAGGCUUGGGGCUCAAUCAUUUCCUUUUCAAGUUCUGUGUUUGCUUAAAAAGAUUAGCAUACCGCAUACGUAGAACAAGUCUCAAUCAGUUGGUUAAUAAGAUUAUUUUGUUUUUCUAAGUCAAUUUUUUGGGCGAAUGGAUAGUUAAGCUCUGAGUGUCGGUUUUAUUUUGAUUCCGCCAAUCAAUUCAGACCAAAUUCCUCCAGCUGAGUGCCUCAGGGAGAUGAUGUGUGUCUGAGCAGUGUGAGACCCUUGAGGAAAUCAAAACCCAAUGGUUCCAGCCAAAUUAAGAAAGUGAGGCUUUUGGGGGCUUUUGAUAUAGAGACAUUGGAGAGAGAGGCUUAUGGGGGACUUUUAUUUUCCCACUGUUCAAAUUUUUUGGCAUUAUGGUAUGUAUCCUCCUCCCAGUAGUAACAAGAUGAAGCAAAACCAGAUUGUGGGCACCUGAAAAAGAAUCCACCAAAUACGAGCAUCUCUCGUAAAAUGAUGUGUUCAUAAUUCGGGAGAAUGUAGCAAUGUCAACUACACCUUAGCAUUUUUUCAAAAAAAUAAAAAUAAAAAAUUCCAUCUUAG